AUGGUUGUGGUCAACAGCAUAAGGUUGCUAGGAGAACAGUUCAGUGAGGCAAGGAUUGUGGAGAAGGUGCUCUCAACAUUGCCUGAAAGAUACGAAGCAAAAAUCUCAUCCCUUGAGGAUUCGAAAGAUCUUGCAACCAUCUCCUUAACUGAGCUCAUCAAUGCUCUUUAUACUCAGGAGCAAAGGAGAGCUAGCAGGAUGGAGGAGCAUCGAGAAGGUGCUUUUCAAGCCAAGGCCAAGGCUGCCUCGAGCACCACUCCCUACAAAAGCAAGAAGAAUUGGAAAAACAAGCCUAAGCCUGAUGUUGCAAGAAAAGGAGACCAACCCUGCAGGCACUGCAAAAGACCAGGUCAUCCUAAAGAUAGAUACUGGUUCAGACUAGAUGCAUUAUGUCAACAUUGCAAAAAAAAGGGGUAUGUUGAAAGGGUCUGCAAGAAUAAAGGCAAGCCUAGGCAAAAUCAAGCACAACAGAAGAAUAUUGAAGCUCAAGUAGCUACAGACAGUAGUGACUAUGAGGAACAGGUCUUUGCUGUGUCAUGCUUAGCUGGUCAGAAGAAGGGCUCGAAAGGAUGCCUAUUGGACAGUGGUUGUACUGACCACAUGUCACCAGAUGCAACCAUUUUUAAGACCUUGGAUAGAAGUUGCAAAACCAAAGUGAAAGUUAGUAAUGGGCAGUUUAUCAAGGCUGAAGGAAAAGGGGAUAUAUUGAUAAGCACUCCCACAGGUGGCAAGGUCAUCACAAAUAUGCUGUUGGUACUUGAGAUUGACAGGAACCUUCUCAGAAUUGCUCAACUACUUGAAAAAGGCUACUCAGUUGUGUUUAAGGGCCAGAAGUGCCAAAUUGCUGAUCCAAAUGGAUCAAGCCUCAUGACAGUCACUAUGACUGAUAAAUGCUUUGAAGUCAACUGGCCAAGUGACUCACACUCAGCCUGUGUUGCUUCUACUGAAGAAUCCAAGCUUUAG